UAAUACAAAGUUUGAAAGUAAAGGAAAAACAUGAAACUAUUGUCAAAAGAAAAAAAUUUCCAUCUGUGAAAUUUCAGUUCCAGUUCUUAAAAUGAUACGUGAAAUGCUAUUUAUGCUGAGUGGCCGGCCAGGUGCACUUUUUGUUAUGACGGAUAACGGGCAGUUUGAAAUGUGUUCAGGAAUUGCCGAUGUUGGCUUGUGUCAGUCUGAAAAAGAAAUCAUUAAACCUUUGCUCAAAAUCGGCUCAAAUGUUGCCUAUCUUAGCACCUUUGCAGAAGAAAGAAAAAAUGAUAGUCUUUACUUGGACGUCAUACAGCAAUCCAUAUCUAAAUAUGUGACCGAUUUUCAAGAAGAACUUGUAGAAAUCGAAAUAGCUAUCUUGGAAGGAUCAGUAAUUUUGGGGAUUACAGGUAUCCAUUCAAGGAUUAUGCCUUUUACCUUACAGCUCGAGUACUUGAAAGAACUGGUUGAUGCCAUCAAACUGCAAAAAGGAAAUUGUCUGUUGAUCGACACUAUUCAACAUUAUCGUGAUCAUUGUGGUGUCACCAGGAUUAUUGCUACAUUUCAAGAGGUUUACAAUACUUGCCGUAAAGUUCUCCACAAACAAUUAAUUUCUUGGAUGUUGUUUGGAAAACUUUUGGAUCCAUAUAAUGAAUUUUUUAUCCAAGUAGAUGAUUCCAAAGGUUUUGUCAUAAUCGGGGAAAUGAUACCCAGUUGUUUGACUGUCUCCCUUGCUCAGCAAGUUUUGUUUGUUGGAGAAUCCGUAGUGGCCCUAACUGAAGCACAAGACCUGAGUGAAGAAGACUGGGAUUUUAUGGGAAAGCUGCAAAAGAUUCCUUUCGAAAACGUAGUAGAAAUCAUCCAACAGUGCCGUGAUCAAAUGGCCAGAAGAUUGUGGAACCUUGUGACUGAAAAGGACCGACUGAAUCGCAGCCUGAACAUGAUACUAAACACAUUUUUGAUGAAGAAAGGAGAUAUUUUUGCAUUCUUCAUUCAUCAGACAGAGGCUAUCUUUGAUGGGCAUUUCCCUUCUGCACAGUUGACAUCCAAUCAAUUUGCCUUACAACAAAGACUGAUGAACUCUCUUAAAAAAUACCUGGACGAAGAGGAGACCGAAAUCGAACGGUUGUCGAUGAAUAUCACACCAGACACACCGGGGCAAGGAUGGGACCGUGUUUUUCUUGAUUACAAGACUGAAUGGCCGCUCGGGGUGCUGAUAUUCACACCUGAAACAAUGGAGACGUACAAUAAGAUUUUUCGUCUUCUCUUGAAUCUGCGACGCAUCCAAUUGAAUUUAAACGCAUUAUGGAAAAAUGUAGCCUCGUUGGAUAAGCCGGUGCUGGAGUUGCGAUGGAAUUUGCAGCACGUCCUGAUACAUCUAAGCCAGUACAUUCAGAUCGAUGUCAUCGAAGUUCAAAAAUCCAUUAUGGAUCGCCAGAUGGAUAAGUGCCAUGAUUUCGACAAAUUCCGAGCUGCCCACGCAAAUUUUUUGGUUGUUAUUGCCGCACAAACAUUUCUUCACGUCCCAGCGAUGCAAGCUUGUUUUAAGGACCUAAUACAUCUGGCGUUGAAAUUCUGUGGGCUAUUCAGAAAUGACAGACCAAAAGCAUUUCUGCCAGUCGUUGCUGAAUUGAACCUAGAAUUCGAAAGACUUAUGCAAUUAUUGUUUUCUCUGCUGAACGGUAUGUACCAGCAGAGCUCGGGAACUACGAUGGAGCCAAUAGCGCAAUUGCUACUCAGACUCGACUUUAACUAUUAUUUGACAGAAGGCCUACAGAGAAAAACUAAUCAAUUGCUUGAGGAAAUUUGAUGUAAUGUACAAACUAAAGAAUGUGAUCAUAAACUUGGCAAACUGGAUAAAA